AUGAAAGGUGGUGAGCACAACAGUGACUCACGAGAAAAGCGUCGGUACAGGCUCUGUGGUAGUUUCACGCAAAGACCCCAUCGGUCUCCGUUCAUCGCAGAAGCACUCUUAGCUGUUCGUCGCAGUUCACUGAUCUCAGAUCGCCGCUUUCGAAUCGCCAUUACGGCUUGGGGAUUUGUCUGUGCUGCUGCUUCGUCCUUGUCUGCUCUUAAGCAGCCAACCAUUAGAGUUGUGGCUAUUAUGGUUGAGGGUGUCCCAGAAACACACACCAAGCAAUUGAUUGGGUAUGUAAACGCAAACACUAAGGUAAUGCCAAAAUCAGACACCAGCGAUGGUGGUUGCUGUAGGGUUUGGAGGAUGAAGAUGAAUUUGGGUCAGCUAAUGAGGUAG